AUGGUCUCCAUGGAGCCUAUCAACAUCAUGAUACAGUCAGCUCAGUUGGGCCAGCAGAGUGAAAUUCUGGCCCUGGUGCCAACUCAUCAACAACUUGUCAAGCCCUAUUGCAGCACCGCCGUGUCACACGAAAUUCAGCAGCACAAAACGAACACCAGCACUCCAUCCUGCUCAUUUGUUAAUGCCCUUCAAUCAGAUAUUAGAGGAGUACUGGAGCCGUGUUUAUGGCCGUGGCGUACUAUACACAAUCAUACCACUGCACCUGUGACUAGCGGGUUUGAUGACUCAUUCGUUCCACUCCACCUCGCCGAUGUUCCCAUCUCACGGUUCAGUACUUUUGAUGUACUGAAGGCCACCAUUGUACAUACUUGCGACAAUCAAAACGGUGCUCCAGCCGCUCGAGGCAAUGACGACAACUUGGAUGAGGCCAUUGCACUUCAUAGGGAAGCGCUGGCCUUACACCCGGUCAGUCACACAGAUCAGUCCUCAUCAUUAAAUAAUAUUGCAGCUCAAUUUAUCGAGGUAACAAUGAAGACUUGGAUCGGGCUAUCGCACUUCACAGCGAAGCACUGGCCUUGUGUCCAGUCAGUCACACAGAUCGGUUCUCAUCAUCAAAUAACCUCGCCGCAGCUGAACUCUCCUCCCGCUUUCGCCACCGAGGCAACGACGAAGACUUAG